ACUUUUUGAUUCAAAAUAUUCUUCUUGGAUUGCAUUUACUGGGGAAGUAAUCAUCCAAUUUCCUUAUUUUCCAACCUCAAUCAUGCCAUUUUUUCUUCCUUUGUAAACUCAACAACCUAGACUCUGUCGCCAACUAAUAAGCUUCCGAUCAACUCUCCGCCCGGAAAAAUGCCGGCAUUUGAUGAAUUCAGGCCACUCGACGAGAAAUCACUGGUAGAGUACAUUAAAGCAACCCCUAAUCUUUCUUCUUUGCUGGGUGUCUCCGAUAAUUAUCAGAUCAAAGAAGUUGGCGAUGGCAACCUUAAUUUUGUCUAUAUUGUUGUCUCCUCUUCUGCUUCUCUUGUCAUCAAGCAGGCUCUGCCGUACAUACGUUGCAUUGGGGAAUCAUGGCCAAUGACUAAAGACCGAGCAUAUUAUGAGGCUAAGGCGUUAAAGGAACAUGGUCGAUUGUGCCCUGCUCAUGUCCCGGAGGUUUAUCAUUUUGAUCGUAACAUGUCUUUGAUUGGCAUGCGCUAUUUGGAACCUCCACACAUUAUUCUGAGGAAGGGUUUGAUUGCUGGAGUUGAAUAUCCAUUGCUUGCAGAACACAUGGCGGAAUACAUGUCAAAGACAUUGUUUUAUACCUCUCUUCUUUAUACUACCACAAUGGAGCAUAAACGUGAAGUUGCUGAAUUCUGUGGAAAUGUGGAGUUAUGCCGGCAUACUGGACAGGUUGUAUUCUCUGAUCCCUAUAAAGUAUCAGAGUAUAACCAUUGGACAUCUCCUCACCUUGAUCAUGAUGCUGAGGCAGUCCGUGAGGAUAACGUUCUGAAGCUUGAAGUAGCUCAGUUGAAAUCCAAGUUCUAUGAAAGGGCACAAGCCCUUAUUCAUGGAGAUUUACACACUAGUUCUGUCAUGGUUACACAGGAUUCGACUCAGGUGAUUGAUCCGGAAUUUUCUUUCUACGGGCCAAUGGGGUUUGAUAUAGGAGCCUUUCUGGGAAAUCUUAUUUUGACCUUCUUUGCACAAGAUGGACAUUCAAAUCAAGAAAAUGACCGAAAGUCUUACAAGAAAUGGAUCCUCAAAACUCUUGGGGAGACUUGGAAUCUAUUCCACAAUAAAUUUAUCGCAUUAUGGAAUGAAAAUAAGGAUGGUCCGAGUGAGGCAUAUCUUCCACUUAUUUAUAAUAAUCCUGAUGUUUGGAGACUCGUACAGACAAACUUUAUGCAAGAGCUGUUCCAUGAUUCUCUUGGAUUUGGAUCCGCCAAGAUGAUUAGGAGAAUUGUUGGGGUGGUACAUGUGGAGGACACGGAGUCAAUAGCAGACAUUUCCAAACGAGCUGAUUGUGAGAGGAAGGCACUCAACUUUGCAAAAAUGCUCAUGAAAGAGAGGAGAAAGUUUGUGUCCAUUGAAGAAGUAAUCUCUAUCAUUGAACAUGUUGCUUCAUAAGGCUUUCUGAUGCUGAUGUUUCAUAAUUCAGCAAGUUGGUUAAAGUGGUUUGGUGGACCAAAUAUUAAUAGCCUUGGAUAAUGAUAUGCAUACAAAUAAGUUGAUUAUAUUGUACCUAGUAGAGUAAGUAUUUAUUGUAUGAAAUGAAUAAUCCUUUUAUCAAUACAACAUUGAGAUUUUGGAGUACAAGCCUA